GUGAGGAACUGAGUUUGCUAAACAAGUCAGUUUAAAUCUCCGAAGUUUCUCCAGUUGCUUUCAGACACGAUUGAUUUCGUUUUCUAUUUUCUUUUUCGUUUUUUUUUGCAUUAAGACUUUAACGUGGAUAAAAAUAGGCGCCAUUAGAAAACACAAUCGUGGUGAAUGAGAGAUAAUAUUCCCUUAUUUGACCGGCGCAGAUUUUGCAGUCACACGCCGAGAAUGGCGCGCCUUCAGUGGGAACACACCCUGAGGAGGCUCGGUUAGCAUUUAGACUGGUAUUCGGGCUCUGAAAAAUGAAAUGAAAUAUGGGCUCAUACAAGACUGAAAACUCUUACCUGAAGCUGCUGACUGUUCACAGAGAGCUGUUGGUAGAACAGGUGAAAAACACGCAGUGUAUUUUGGAUAAUCUCCUUAUAAACUCAUUCAUCUGCACUGAAGAUAUCGAGAUCAUCCAGCGCAGCAGCACUAAAACAGACCAGGUACGCAAAAUCUUGGAGCUGGUUCAAAGUAAAGGCGAGGAAUGCUCUGCAUAUUUCACACAGAUCCUUCAUGAAGCAUACGAUGCCUACAUUGAUCUACGGCCUUGGUUUGAUGAAAUCCAGUACACGCCAUUAGACACUAUUAAAGCCAUACCAGUGGUUAACACAGACCCAAUCAGCAAGUACUGUGAAAAGCUCCGAUAUGAGCUGGGAAGAGACACACAGUUCAUCACGUCCUACUCUAAAAGUGAGGAGACGCCGCUGGAGGAUCUGUACACAGACACGCAGAUGGAGCUCCUGAAUGACACAGGAGAGAGUUUGGGAUACUUACAGAAUCUGGACGAACUUCUCGGAGAUCAGGGAGUCUUCAACCCGCAGGCCGAGACUAUCUUCAUCACCGGUGACGCUGGUGUAGGCAAAUCAAUCGUGCUUCAGAAACUCCAGAAUCUCUGGUCCAGACGAGAGCUGAAAACCGGCGCCAAAUUCUUCUUCAAGUUCAGAUGCAGAGCGUUCAGCGCCUUCAAGGAGACGGAUGAGAUCUCGCUGAAGGAUUUAAUCUUCAAGCACAACUGCUAUCCAGAUGGAGAUCCCGAUAACGAGGUGUUCGCCUACAUCUUACGCUUCCCAGAGACCGUGGUGUUCACUUUUGACGGAUACGAUGAGAUCCAAAUGGAUUUCGAUUUAGAUAAUGUGCCGGAAACGGUUUCCCCAGAAGAAAGAACCCGACCGCUGCUGCUUCUAAUGAAUCUGCUCUGUGGGAAAAUCCUGAAAGGCUCCAGGAAGAUUCUGUCAGCAAGAAGUGGCACUGAAAUCCAAAGCCGAGUGAUUCGGAAGAAAGUGUUCAUGAAGGGAUUUUCACCAGAACACCUGAAGAGGUAUUUAGCUUUGCACUUCCCCGAGCAAGAGCAUAGGAUGCUUGUGAGCGAUCAGCUCGAAGCUAACCCGCAUCUAUGCGGUCUGUGCUCAAUCCCGCUAUUCAGCUGGAUCAUCCUGAAGAGCUUUAAGCAUCUGCAAUCAGUGUAUGAUAACUUUGAGUUACCGGAUUCCUGUAUCACACUCACAAAUGUAUUCCUGCUGCUCUCCGAGGUUUUUCUCGGACACUCAACUGCACGUCCCGGACUCCUAAAGCGAACAUUGAGAUGUCCUACGGAGACAUUUAAAGCUGGUGAACAGAAGCUUUCGGGAUUUGCUCGAUUAGCAUUGCGCGGUAUUGAAACCAGUAAGCUUGUGUUCACCUUAGAUGAAGCUGUGUGCUGUGGAUUAAACGAUGAAGAUCUUCAGUUUGGGUUUUUAAGACCCGCUGUGCAUUACGAUUCUUCAUCUGCAAGUUCCUUCGAGUUCCUCCACGAAACUCUCCAAGCCUUCCUUGCAGCUUUUUCUCUAGUUUUGGAUGCAAAACUAAAUCCCGAGUCCAUCCUAAAGUUCUUCUCCAAAUGCAAAUACAAGAAGUCGUCACGUCUGUCCUGCAUACCUUGCCUAAAAAACUCAAAACCCAGAGAGAACGAUGCAUUCCAGACCAACUUUCAGUUCACCAAUUUAUUUCUGUGUGGACUUUUGUCUAAAUCCAAUGCAGCGCUGCUGGAGCAUCUCGUCCCUCCGUCAGAAUUAAAGCAAAAGCGCAAGAUACUGAAAUCGUAUUUAUCUAACAGCGUGAAAACUCAUCUUAAGAGCCUCCCUCGGUCUCCAUCCACAGACAUCGAAGGAGAUAAAGUGCACGCGAUGCCCAACUUCUUAUGGAUGCUGCGCUGCAUAUUUGAGACAAACAGCGAGGACGUGGCCAAGAUGACAGCUAACGGCAUAUCUGCAGAUUAUAUUAAGAUUGCGUUCUGUAAUAUUUACUCUGCAGACUGCAGUGCAUUGAACUUCGUGCUGCACCACCGUAGGAAGCAUCUGGGAGUCGAUAUGGACAAUAAUAACAUCAACGAUUAUGGGGUGAAGCAACUGCGUCCCUCUUUCAGUAAAAUGACGGUGGUAAGGUUUUGUGUGAAUCAGCUGACAGACAGCGGUAUUGAGGUUCUGGCCGAGGAACUAAUCAGAUAUAAAAUCGUGAAGGUGUUGGGCCUGUAUAAAAACCACAUCACAGACGUUGGAGCCAAACAAGUAGCAAAGAUCAUUGAAGAAUGUCCACAUUUGAGGACCGUCAAGCUCGGCUGCAACAACAUCACAAGUGUAGGCGGGAAAUACCUCGCUGGAGCAAUUCACAAGAGCAAAUCUAUCUUUGAUAUUGGAAUGUGGGGAAACUGCAUUGGUGAUGAAGGCGCAGAAGCGUUUGCAGAGGCACUGAAAAACCACCCCAGUUUGACCAACCUCAGUCUCUCCGCCAAUGGCAUCACGUCGCACGGUGGAAGAAGUCUGGCAAAGGCAUUGAAGGAAAACACGAGUCUUCACAUCGUCUGGCUGAUACAGAAUAAAAUCUCUGAUGACGCAGCAUCGGAUCUUGCUGAGGCCUUCAGGUCUAAUUUGUCUCUGACGCAUCUGAUGUUAAUAGACAAUGAGUUUACUAUUGACGGAGCCAGACAGCUUUCUGAAGGCCUGACAGAUAACACUACACUGAAGGAGGUCAAUAUUAAAGGAAGCCGCAUUUCUGAAGCAGAAGAGCAUCUUUAUCAGGGCGACAGACGGCUUCGCUUCCACUGAAAAACACGUGAUGGGAGAGCAAAGAAAGAAGAAGUUGCUGGAAAACCACAAACUCUGCUUCAACACAUUACAGCCUUUGUUUAUUACAGAUCAAACACAGUAGAACACAUCAUACAUGCAUUAUUAUACACUCACCGGCAACUUUAUACACCUGUCCUGGUACGCCUGUCCAACUGCUCAUUAAUGCAAAUUUCUAAUCAGCCAAUCACAUGGCAGCAACUCAAUGCAUUUAGGCAUGUAGACAUGGUCAAGACGAUCUGCUGCAGUUCAAACUGAGCAUCAGAAUGGGGAAGAAAGGGGAUUUAAGAGACUUUGAACGUGGCAUGGUUGUUGCUGCCUGACGGGCUGCUCUGAGUAUUUCAGAAACUGCUGAUCUACUGGGAUUUUCACGCACAACCAUCUCUAGGGUUUACACAGAAUGGUCUGAAAUAGAGGAAAUAUCCAGCGAGGGGCAGUUCUAUGGGUGCAAAUGCCUUGUUGAUGCUAGAGGUCAGAGGAGAAUGGCCAGACUGGUUCCAGCUGAUAGAAAGGAAACAGUAACUCAAAUAAGCACUCGUUACAACCGAGGUCUGCAGAAGAGCAUCUCUGAACACACAACACGUCCAACCUUGAGGCGGAUGGGCUACAGCAGCAGAAGACCACACCGGGUGCCGCUCCUGUCAGCUAAGAACAGGAAACUGAGGCUACAAUUCACACAGGCUCACCAAAACUGGACAAUAGAAGAUUGGAGAAACGUUGCCUGGUCUGAUGAGUCUCCAUUUCUGCUGCCACAUUCAGAUGCUCGGCUCAGAAUUUGCCAUCAACAGCAUGAAAGCAUGGAUCCAUCCUGCCUUGUAUCAACGGUUCAGGCUGGUGGUGGUGGUGUAAUGGUGUGGAGGAUGUUUUCUUGGCACACUUUGGGUCCAUCAGUACUAAUUGAGCAUGGUGUCAGCACCACAGCCUACCUGAGUAUUGUUGCUGACCAUGUUCAUCCCUUUAUCACCACAGUGUCUCCAUCUUCUGAUGGCUACUUCCAGCAGGAUAACGCACCAUGUCAUAAAGCGUGAAUCAUCUCAGACUGGUUUCUUGAACAUGACAAUGAGUUCACUGUACUCAAAUGGCCUCCACAGUCACCAGAUCUCAAUCCAAUAGAGCACCUUUGGGAUGUGGUGGAAAGGGAGAUUGGCAUCAUGGAUGUGCAGCCGACAAAUCUGCAGCAACUGUGUGAUGCUAUCAUGUCAAUAUGGAGCAAAAUCUCUGAGGAAUGUUUCCAGUAGGUUGUUGAAUCUCUGCCAUGAAGGAUUAAAGCAGUUCUGAAGGCAAAAGGAGUCCAACAAGGUACAAGUAAGGUGUACCUAAUAAAGUGGCCAGUGAGUGUAUUACAGUGAUUAUAAUUUAGCAUUUUUUAUUGAAAUAUAUCCUACUAUUUGCUGUAAAUCACAUUUUACUUCAUUUCAUUAAUGGUUUUGCUAGUUUUAGUUCAGGUUUUAUUUUGUUCAUUAUUAUUUUAUUGAUUAUUUGAUGCUUUUGUACGUUUUAGUUACGUUUUUGAACAACAAACACUCGAUAAUACAAAUGUAAUUAAACAUGAUAAAGGAUUCAGAGAAACGUCAUGUCAAAGAUCAUUCAUGUAGUUAAACAUGCCUAGUUUUGUUUAAACAGGCCAAGAAUUGUGUGUGUGUGUGUGCGUGUGUGUGCGUGCGUGCGUGUGUGUGUGUGGGUGUGUGUAAAGGCAUCAUCAGGUGUUUCUCUGAACAGUCGCAGGUCUGAUUUCACACCACAGACUGAGUGCUUAUUAAUUCAGAAUAGGAUGAUGAUAGUGAGGUGUGUGUGUGUGUGUGUGUGUAUACUGUAUUUGUGUAUUUACUGUGAAACGAGCAAAUUAAACACAACAUGAAGAAGCUUU